AGUAGCGGACGCGGCCGGAAGUGCCGGCGUGAUGGCGGAGGUGGAGGCGGUGGGGAGCGGGGCUGGGGGUAGCCCCGAGGCCGGCAGCGGCAGCGGCAGCGGGUGGCGGCGUCCCCACGGGCCGCUCCAGCGGUACUACGGCCCGUCCGCGGCGGAGGCGGCGGAGGCAGCCCCGGAUCCCACCGACAUCAACGGGCCCCACUUCGACCCGGAAGUUUUCCUUACGAAGGUGCGCAGCGAGUGCCCCCUGGGGCAGUUGUUGGCCCGUGAGGCCGCGCUGGGGCGGGAGAUCCGUGCCCUCGACAGUGACAUGCAGACGCUGCUCUACGAGAACUACAACAAGUUCAUUUCUGCUACUGACACCAUCCGAAAGAUGAAGGUCGACUUCCGACGCAUGGAGGCAGAGAUGGACGAUUUGGCUGCCAACAUGGCCGCCAUCAGCACCUCCAGUGCCCGCGUCAGCGCAGCACUGCAGGACCGGCACCGCCGUGGCGCCCAGCUUGCCGGGGUGCAGGUGCUGCUGCGGAAGCUGCAGUCCCUGGUGGAGGUGCCGGGGCGGCUGCGGCGGUGGGCAGCACCGGGGGCAGAGCCUGCGCGGGCCUUGCGCUGCCACGCCCGCGCCCGUGCUGUGCUCCGCCACUACCGCCACCUGCCCUCCUUCCGCGCCAUCGAGGACGAGAGCCACGCCAUCAUGGCCGAGCUGGCCCUGCGCCUCCGCGCGCGACUCCGGGAUGACACCUUGGACCCCAAGGAGCUCACCGAGUGCGUGGAGAUGCUCUUGCAGCUGGAAGAGCCACCUGAGGAGCUAUGCGAGGAGUUCCUGAGCCACGCCGGUGCCCGCCUCGAGGCCGAGCUGGCGGCGCUGGAGGCUGAGCUGCCCCCAGCCGACCCCUCUGGUGCCGCCGCCACGCCGCCCCCCACCUCCGACAUCCUCGACUUCGUCGACCGUGGCAGCUCUGCCUUUGUGGGCAACCUGUGCCUCCUCGCGGCCUCGUACCGCAGCCUCUUCGAGGGACGCCCAGGGGCUGGGGAUGGCCGCCUGGAAGCCUUCGCCGCCACCCUCACCACCCGCUACUUUGAGCUGCUGGAGCGGCGCCUCGCGCUGGAGCGGGGCCUGGGCGACACCUCGCUGCUGGUGCGGGCACUCGACCGCUUCCACCGCCGCCUCCGCGCCCUCCUUGAGCUGCUGCCUGCCGCCGGGGCUGAGGCGGGCGCCGCGCUAGUGGCCCGGGCGGCGCGCGAGCGGGUGGAUCGCUACCUGCGGGCACUGCAGACCUUCUUCCUGGGGUGCCUGGGCGACGUGCGCCAGGCGCUGGCCGCCCCCCGGCCCCCCGGCAAGGAGGGUCCCGGCCUGCCUGACCUGCUGGCCACGCUCGCCUCCUCCGUUCUUGGCCAGCUCAAGGCUGUCCUGGCCUACGUGCAGCUCUUCACCGCCAAGGAUGUCGCCUUCGCCAGCCUGCCCUACUUCAAGGGGGAGUUCUGCGUGGAGGCAGUGCGUGAAGGGCUGGUUGUGGCCUUCGUGCGCUGGCUCUGCCGCACCGCCCGGGGCUUUGCCGAUGGCCCGGCUGAGCGGGGGGCCCCCGCGGCACCCCCGGCCCUGCUGCUGCUCCUCGCCCGUCUCUGCCUUGACUAUGAGGCCACCACCAUCAGCUACAUUCUCACUCUCACCGAUGAACAGUUUCCUCCUCAGGACACAGGCCCAGCGGUGACACCGGGACCGGCACUGUGUGCAGAGGCACGGGGGGCGGCGCAACGGCUGCUCGACCACUACGUGCAGGUCCAGGGCGCCGCGGUGGCACAGAUGCUUAGGAAGAGCGUGGAGACACGAGACUGGUUGGGCACUGUCGAGCCCCGCAACGUUCGUGCCGUCAUGAAGCGCGUGGUCGAGGACAUCACCGCCAUUGAUGUCCAGGUGGGGCAGCUCUUCGAGGAGGGAGUGCGGCGGGCGCAGAGCAGCGACUCGAGCCGGCGCGCCUUCUCUGUCUACAGCAGCUCACGGGCACCCGGGCGCUACGCCCCCAGCUACACCCCCAGUGCCCCCAUGGACACCCACCUGCUCAGCAACAUCCAGAAGCUCUUCUCCGAACGCAUUGACAUCUUCAGCCCUGUCGAGUUCAACAAGGUGUCAGUGCUGACUGGGAUCAUCAAGAUCAGCCUAAAGACGCUGCUGGAGUGCGUGCGGCUGCGGACGUUGGGGCGCUUCGGGCUGCAGCAGGUGCAGGUGGACGGCCAUUACCUGCAGCUCUACCUCUGGCGCUUUGCCGCUGACGAGCGGGUAGUCCAGGGGCUGCUGGAUGAGGUGGCCGCCAGCGCCGCCCACCGCUGCCUCGACCCCGUCCCCAUGGAGCACAGUGUCGUCGAGCUCAUCUGCGAGCGCGGCCCUCCCAGGGUGACUUUGGAAAACUCACUUCAUCUGUCUCUGAUGAAAACCCUGGUCACCGUGGACUCCCCAGACAUCUUGGAGAGAUGGACAGACAGACAGACACUCCUGCUGGAAGAGAUCAGGAGCAUCUGAGGAGUGUUGCAGACACUGGGGUCCCUCGAAUGGAGAAGCCUGAGCAACUGCAAUGAGACCUUUGCUCCUUCGCUUCCCGCUAACAUUAAGAUCAUGACACAGACCUCUUGGAAAAGCAUCAAAAGAUACAAAGCACAAGCUGAGAAUUCAAAACUCCCUAGCUCAGGUCAGGGAUCUCCCAUUGCCAGCAACUGUGGGCACAGCAACUGGCAGUUACAGCUCCUUCACAACAUUUAUUCACCCUGGAGUAAGGCCAUUUUGGUAUUGUUUGUUAAACAAGGUUGGAAACUGGAGGGUUGCCCCUGGCCAGCCGUUCGCUCCCUCCUUUCCCCCCCACAGCGGGAUGGGGGAGGGAACUGGAAGGGCAAAAGCAAGAAGAACGUGAGGGUUGAGAUAAAGACAGUUUAACAAGUGUGGGGGAAAAAAAAGGAAAACAAGUGAUGUGACAGCAUCCCUCAACCACCUCUCACCAGCAGAUGGAUGCCCAGCCACCUUCCGGCAACAGGUACCUUAGAAAGCCUCCCCGAGUCCCGGUUUUCUUGCUGAGCAUGAGUGUUCAGACCUACUAAGAGACAACCUUUACUAAGAGUGAUCAGACUUGCUUUCAGGGGAAUGAGGGCAGAUACGAAUUGUGCCAUCACUGAUUUCUGUGGCAGAUCCAAAAAUUAAAGCGAGGUAUCCUGAGAGGCAUAUCAUGUCUUCUUAUGGGAUUGUAUUUCUUUUCACAUUGCAUUCUCGCUCUGCAGACUUGUAUGAUAAUUUAAGACUAUCUCUGGGUUUGGGAUUAAGGGAGAAAGAAGAGCUGGCGAGUGCUUUUUGUUCAAAUGCGUUUGUGCAUGGUGGCAAAGUUAGCUCUUUCUUUUAGAAGUAUCCUCAGCUGGAUGAGAAGGAAGGAGAAAGUAGAAGUAAAUUGUUUUUACUUUUGAUUUCAGAGAAGAAACAUUUCAUUUUGGUUCACAACAAAGCAGCAAGAACAACCACCAAUUUUCAUGUUCCUGGAACAGACAGAAUAAUGUUCAGUUCUGCUCAUACGAAAAGAAUUGCAUCCUGCUUUUAAUAAACAGGUUUAUUGUUUGACUGA